CUCUCUUCUUUCUGUGUGUGCUUUUGUAAAUCAAUCACUAAAUAGCCUAGCUUGCUAGCUUGUAAUAAUGUACCUCUCUUCCAAAACCAUGUUCUUUAAUCUUCUCACGAUCUUCAUCUUCUUCCUCCUCUCUCCUUCUCAAUCGAUUUCCAUCCCGAAAGAUGAUCAGAACAAGCACCAAAACAAGUUGAACAACAACGACACUAGUGCUUUUUCUCUCUCUUUCCCUCUCACUACUUCUCCACUUUCUCUCUCUCCUCCAAACACGUCCAAAACAUUUCAUGCCUCUCUCGUUUCAAACUCCAAGCAAAACCCUACACUGUCCAGAAGAUCGGCUGGUGGUGCUACACUAAAAACUCCGUCGUACAACUACAAGAUUUCGUUCAAGUAUUCAAUGGCUCUGAUUGUUUCUCUCCCUAUCGGAACUCCGCCGCAGACCCAACAGAUGGUUUUGGACACCGGAAGCCAACUCUCAUGGAUUCAGUGCCACAACAAGAACCCCAAACCACGGCCACCUCCUCCUCCCACAGCGUCUUUUGACCCUUCUCUCUCUUCCACCUUCUCUGUUUUGCCUUGCACUCACCCUAUUUGCAAACCCCGGGUUCCCGAUUUUACCCUCCCAACCUCUUGCGACCAAAACCGCCUCUGCCACUAUUCCUACUUCUAUGCCGAUGGUACUCUCGCUGAGGGCAAUCUCGUCCGAGAAAAAUUCACCUUUUCUCGUUCCGUAAGUACCCCUCCCUUGAUUCUUGGUUGUGCUAAGGACACCAGUGACACCAAGGGUAUUCUGGGUAUGAACCUUGGGAGGCUAUCUUUCGCUUCCCAAGCAAAAGUUACCAAGUUCUCCUACUGCGUACCUAGCCGACCGGCUCGAACCGGGUCCAAUAUGCCGACCGGAAGUUUCUACUUGGGCCACAACCCGAAUUCUGCGGGAUUCCGAUACAUUGACCUCUUGACCUUUGGUCAAGGUCAACGCAUGCCGAAUUUGGACCCCCUUGCCUAUACAGUUGUAAUGGUGGGGAUAAGAAUUGGUGGGAAAAUGUUGAAAAUUCAACCCUCCAUAUUCCGACCCGAUGCCAGCGGGGCGGGUCAGACUAUGAUUGAUUCGGGUUCUGAGUUCACGUAUUUUGUGGAUGAAGCGUAUAGUAAGGUGAGGGAAGAGAUUGUGAGACUGGCGGGAGCAAAGUUAAAAAAGGGUUACGUGUAUGCAGGUGUGUCCGACAUGUGUUUUGAUGGUGACAGCAUAGAGAUCGGGCGGUUGAUAGGAGACAUGGCAUUUGUGUUUGCCAAAGGUGUGGAGAUUGUGACGCCAAAAGAACAAAUUCUAGCCGAAGUUGGGGGCGGAGUCCGUUGCGUUGCAGUCGGACAGUCCAACAUGCUUGGUGCCUCCAGCAAUAUAAUUGGAAAUUUUCAUCAGAGGAAUCAAUGGGUUGAAUUUGAUCUGGCAAAUCGUAGAGUUGGAUUCGGUAGGGCUGAUUGUAGUAGAUCAGUAUGAAUAUAUAUAUAUGAUUUGGUGGGGGCUGUACAAGUUAAUGCAAGGGUGGCAAAUAUGUCAUUUUCAUGAUGAUGACCUAAUACAAGAAUCUAAACGAGUGAAGAGAUGAUAUUGCCACUUGCAAUGCAGUAGUUAGUAGUAUCAAUAUCUUGACUGUUCCAAGUCUCCUGUAUGUAUUUACCGAAUGUAUUAUGUGUGUGUGUGUGGUCAGUAGUAUCAAUGUCUUGACUGUUCCAAGUCUCCUGUAUGUAUUUACUGAAUGUAUU